CGACGUGCAGGCGCACACAGAGGGAGACGGGGCGCGAGGAGGGAGCGCGAGGGGCUGAGCGAGAGAGCGAGAGAGCGAGGGAGACGGAGGAGGAGAGAGGGAAAAGCAAGUGGGAAGAGCCAGCAGGCAGACGUCUCCACGCCAACGCGCAGGAGCGGGGAGAGAGUAGAAAAAGAGGAAGAAAGUUGAACGGUGGCUCCAGUCGAGCGCAACGGGCGUACGAGGAGCUCGUCCGUCGCUCGGCCUCUCGCUCCGCGGGCGUCUGGCAAACUCUGCGCUGGGAGGGCAGCAGCUGUGGAGGAGUCGGUUUCCCGCGUUCGCCCAGGACAGGAUGCGGCACUAGAACCCGGGUCCAGAGACACAGAGAGUGAGAGAGAGAGAGAGAGAGAGAGAGAGAGAGACAGAGGGAGAGAGAGGGAGAGAGAGGGAGAGAGAGAAAUGGCCACCACUGCUUUCCAGGUCAAUGCACCCUGUGUCCCGACUGCUAACUAUGAGCUGAGUUCGCCGAAGUUCUCCAUGGAGCCGAGACGCAGACCAUCACGGACUCAGAGCCUCAUCCGGGUCCCAGAGCCGAGCUCCAGUGCGGACCUGCUCUACAUCACCGAGCGCAUCAUCUCCGUGUCCUUCCCAGGGGGCGCCGAUGAGCAGAGCCACCGCGAGGGCCUCAGGGAGGUGGCCGGGAUGCUCCGCUCCAAACACGGGACUCGCUACCUGUUCCUGAACCUCAGCGAGAAAAGAGAGGAGAUGAUGAAGCUGAACCCGAAGGUGCUCCACUUCGGCUGGCCAGAGCACCACGCCCCGCCUCUGGACGACAUCUGCGGCAUCUGCAAGGCCGUGGACGUGUGGCUGAGCGCGGAGCCGCGCAACGUGGUGCUGCUGCACAACAAGGGGAAUUGUGGGAAGACGGGGGUUGUGGUCGCCGCCUACAUGCACUACAGCAGCAUCUCGGCCUGCGCAGACCAGGCUCUGGACAGGUUUGCCAUGAAGCGCUUUUAUGAGGACAAAGCGCUUCCCGUGAGCCAGCCGUCCCAGAGCAGGUAUGUGCACUACUUUGGCGGCCUGCUCCUGGGCAGCAUCAAGAUCAACAACAAGCCGCUGUUCCUGCAUCACGUCAUCAUGCAUGGGAUCCCGAACUUCGAGUCCAAAGGAGGUUGCCGUCCUUUCCUCAAGAUCUACCAGGCCAUGCAGCCUAUUUACACCUCUGGCAUCUAUAACGUCCAGGGCGACGGUCAGACCACAAUCUGCAUCACCAUCGAACCCGGCCUCAUGCUGAAAGGGGACGUUCUGCUCAAGUGCUACCACAAGCGCUUCCGCAGCCCCGGCCGCGACGUCAUCUUCCGCGUUCAGUUCCACACGUGCGCCGUGCACGACUUGGCCAUCACCCUCGCCAAGGAGGAGCUGGAUGAGACCUUCACAGAUGACAGAUUCCCUGAGUACGGCAGGGUGGAGUUUGUCUUCUCGCUCGGACCAGAGAAGAUCCAAGGGAUGGACCACCUGGAAAACGGGCCCAGUGUCUGCGUGGACUAUAACACCCAGGACCCACUCGUCCGCUGGGACUCCUAUGAGAGCUUCAAGCAGAAGAGCGAGGAUGGCCCAGAUGACAUCGCUCACACCCAGGGCCCGCUGGAUGGGAGCCUCUAUGCCAAGGUGCGAAAAAAGGAGUCGAUUGAUGGAACGGCGACGAACGGCCUGACCACGCCGAUCCAGGCCCCGCGGGCUGUCGAAUACACCCUCCCGCCCACAGACCACGCCCCACCACCCAUCGACCACGCCCUCUCCAUCAGCAGCGACUCGGGGAACUCGACGGCCUCCGUGAAAACUGACCGCACUGAUGAACCCGCCCAGCAGGUGGCACCAGUGAGCCACCCCCUGAGCCUGGAGGAGAAGAAGGAACUGGACUGCUUCUUGAGGGGCCUCGGGGGCCCUGAGCAGCGGCAAGGAGGCUCCCCGGUUCCCCCGUCAACCCACCCAGCAAUGCGUCACCUAGUGCCUGCCCAGGUGCAUUUCAACGGCCACGGCGAUAUGGACCGGGAGACUGACAUCCUGGACGAUGAACUGCCGGCGGCUCCUGAGGGUGGCUCCAGAGCCCUUCGGAUCCUGAGGCCCCUAGGGGUCCUGGAAGGCGGGGCCACGCCCAGGGAAGAUGGAUCGUACCUGGAGAGGAGCGCCCCGGACCCGGUGUACCGCGCACGUUUCUCCACCUCCCUGCUGGAGCAGCCGGCGGCCUCUGGCUUCGACGGCUCCCUGCACCGCUCCCUGUCCGUCGGGACGGCCCCUGGGGCGGAGCUAACAGCCAGGCCGACGCCCAGGGCCCCCGUGCGCAGUGCCAGCAGUCGCGACGCCGUGCAGAGGGGCCUGAGCGCCUGGCAGCAGCAGAACCAAGGACUUCCCGGUGCCGCGUCUCCGCUGGAAAUCGAGCAGUCCAUCGAAGCCCUCGACAUGCUCAUGCUGGACCUGGAGCCCCGCGGCGCCCCCCGGAGGCCCCUCUCCGCCCAACCGCUCUCACGCUCCUCGCCGAUUUACACGCGGGAGGUCCCCGGGUCGCCGAGCCGAGACACCGGGCGUGCGACAGCAGUCGCGGUCGGUUCCACGGAUACAAGCCCAGCGUUCGUCCCCCUGUGGCUGAAACCCUCAGUGACGCCCCCUGCUGGUACUAGUGCGCCUCACACCUCAGACGCUCCGCGCUCGUCUGCCCCGGCGGGGGCUCAGCACACUUCCGGCUCGUGUCCUUCCCCCCGACCUGCCGACCCGUCAACUGAGGAGGAGAGCUACAACCUGCAGGGCCUGGUGGCUCAUCGUGUUGCAGAGGUUCAGGCACGUGGGGUGUCGCCCGAUGAAGGCCCCGCCCCCAUGCGCCGCAGCACCGGCAGCGAGGGACACUACCAGAACGGGCCCAUCCACGGCGGCUCGGUCCGCUCCCCGAUCCGCUGCGUGUCUCCCGAGUUCGUCAACAUCAUCGCGCUCAAUCCCGGGGGGCGGCCCAAAGAGGGACAAAUGCACAGCUACAGAGAGGCGUUUGAGGAGCUCGAGGGAGGUCCCAUCAGCCCCCCGUCUGGCCCAGGUGGUGAGGCUGUGUCCCCCACCCCAGCCUUCCCUGUCUCGCCACAAACCCCUUACGUCAACGUCUGUCGAUCCCCACCCGGCCUCGCCAAAACCCCCCUCUCUGCCCUGGGCCUGAAGCCCCACAACCCAGCGGAGAUCCUUCUCCAGCAGACCGGCUCCGAGCCACGCAGCUACGUGGAGUCGGUGGCGCGCAUCGCCGCGGGGGCGGGUCCGAAACCGGCAGGACCUUCCAGCACCGCCGAGAGUCCCCAGGAACAGACCGACGCCCCCUCCUCCGACAGUCCCCCCGGCGAGGCCUCGCUGUCCACCGGCGCUCCUCUUCACCCCCCCGAUGGGGUUUGUUCUGUGGCUGAAAGGCUGAAGGCUGUGACCCCACCUCACCCUGCAGGGAGUUCUACUUUCCACACCCUGCCUACCGAGAUCCCACGUCACAGCCCCGCCCCCUCGUACCCAGAUUUGGGCCCCGGCACCGUUACAGGCAGCAGCGGGGGUCCCGACUACAGCUGCUCCCUGCCGGAGGUCCCCCAGGUGAGCGCCUCCGAGGGCCCCUGUGUGCAGCGCCGCUCCGUGGCCACCAACACGUCCCCAAGCCCCCCCCUGCAGCGCAGGACGGCCAAUCAGGACAGCUCCACUGCGGCUCGGCAAGGCCAGACGGCCAACGGUAGCGAGCGCGGGACUGGGGACGGCUCCUUCUCGGACCCCGUUUUCGGCAGCUGCUCCACACGCGGCGGAUACUCGACCCUCCCCAAGGAGAGCACCGCCCCCCUGGCGCAACCCCAGCUCCCACGGAAACGGCCCGCGUCCGGGGGCGAGCGGCCUUACGGCAUCCUCUCCUACGGCACGUUCAACGGGAGGGCGCCGGCCUUGUCUUCUGCCUCCAGCGGGGACAGCACCCCGAGUACCAUACUGUUUCACACCCUGCCCGACUUCUCCAAGCUCUCCAUGUGUGACAGCAGCCCAGAGACUCGGCUCAACGUGAGCUUCGUCCAGGACACGUCCAGGUUCUGGUACAAGCCCGACAUCUCGCGGGAUCAAGCCAUCGAGAUGCUGAAAGACCGAGAUCCCGGCACCUUCGUCAUCCGCGACAGCCACUCGUUCCGCGGGGCCUAUGGCCUUGCCAUGAAGGUGGCCUCGCCGCCCCCCACCCUGCAGCAGAGCAAGAAAGGUGGCGACGUUGCGAACGAGCUCGUGCGGCACUUCCUCAUCGAGACGAGCCCCAAGGGGGUGAAGCUGAAGGGAUGCCCCAACGAGCCCCACUUUGGCUGUCUGUCUGCCCUGGUGUACCAGCACUCCAUCACCCCCCUGGCCCUGCCCUGCACGCUGCUCAUACCCACCCGAGACCCUUUCGAGCAGAGCCCGGAGUCAUCGCCACCCAGCAGCACAGCCUCGAACCUCCUCAAGCAGGGCGCAGAGGGAAAGAAGGCCCCAGGUGAAUACCACGCAUGCAACGUCCUGUACAUCAACUCCGUGGACAUGGAGUCUCUGACCGGGCCCCAGGCUGUGGCCAAAGCCAUCUCGGAGACCCUGGGGGCCAGUGACGCUCCUACGUCCACCAUCGUCCACUUCAAGGUGUCGCCUCAGGGCAUCACUCUCACCGACAACCAGAGGAAGCUCUUCUUCCGGCGCCACUACCCAAUCAACACGGUCACCUUCUGCGACAUCGACCCUCAGGACAGGAAGUGGGUGAAAGAGGAGGGCGGAGCUGCCAGGCUCUUUGGGUUUGUGGCCCGGAAACAGGGCAGCACCACGGAUAACGUGAGCCACCUGUUUGCCGAGUUGGACCCCGAGCAGCCGGCCACGGCCAUCGUCAACUUCGUCUCCAAGGUCAUGAUGGGCUCUCAGAAGCGAUGAGCGCCCCCGGGGGGUCGUGCCGUUGCAGCAGAACGAUUUUCGCCUUUCGCGUUGAUCCGGCGGAUAUUUCCCCCAACAUCCUCUGCUUUUUCUGGUCAUCGACUCUCUUUAUUUCCCCUUUCCGGAAAGAUCUGCCAUUAGUCCAUUGUAGUGCUGCGGCAAGUGCGGCGGGUACAGUAGAAACGCGGUAUCACAACCCCUCCCGUAGGGCAAUGAAAGCAAAUGACAGGUAAUGAUGUCAGAGAGGUUUUUUUUUUAAAUUGGCAAAAAAAAAAAUAAAUAAAAAAGGUAAAGCAAUUUUGAAUGAUGGAAAGGGAACUAGCUGACUGAUAAACCAAACCGUGUGUGUGUGUGUGUGUGUGGGGU